AUGGGUUCUGCCACCUCCCAUCAAACUCGGGAUGUAACUUUCCACCCUGAUGAUAUUGUAAUUACCGAGAAUGUAGCUAAGCGAAUCAAAAGUGCUGCAACUACUGUGGAUAACACGACAGAUGGCUCCCAUGCCCCGGAAUCAUUCAAACCGGACUACAAUACAGGUUUAAAACGUGAGUUAGAAGAGACAGUGAAAAGAUAUGAAAAGCGCCUGCAACUAUUGGAACAACGUAAUGAACAACUGUUCAACGAGGCUGCAAAAGAAUAUACUCGAACAGUUGAACGUUUAGAAAACAAGUACAUGAGGCCUACUCCUGGGGGAUGUUGUGCUGCAGCUGAACAAAGAGUCGAAGAUUGUUAUAAGCAGAAUCCUGGAAAAACACUUUUAUGUUCUAAUCUGGUAUCAGAGUAUGAUCGUUGUGUACAAAAUUUCCUUGUCACUAUGUCUAGGAAAGUUUCGAAUGCUGCCUGA